GUAUCUCAGCCCUCACACAAAUCGGAUGGCAAAGUAUGGUGCAUAUAUAUUUAGUUCCUUGUACCGAUGUUUGUAUUUAAAUCAAUAAUACAUACAUAGAUGCCAUGCAUACCAUAUUCUUGAUCAAUCUUUCUCAUCAUCAUUGCAACUACAUUAUUUUGAUUUCUUUUGCUAUCCACAUCGUCAUGCUAGUGGGAAAUGGCAACUUGGGAAGCGCAUUCGUAUCAGGCUGUACGUUGAUGAUUGACUGACUAACUCCAUAUGUUGUUCUUUUACUCAUGGCAAAUGCAACCAUGUUGUAGUCACUAAAAUCAAAUCCACUACAUAGACUACCGUUUUAUUCAGUUAGUUGUCAACAUCAGUUAGCAGUAAUGCCCAUUUCAUUCUUGACGUUUUCUGCGAAGAAUCAAAGUAUCUGUAAUGGGCAACAUAUAAUGAAGUAGAUACAAUGUGGAUGCCUCCAGCUCGACCUAAUGUAUUACACAAAGGUUUUUGACUUUGUUGUAUUGGUUUCCAGUAGGACCGAUAUAAAGAGAGCUGUAAAGUGCUCCGAACUAAGUUAAUAUGGAUUUCAAACACUGUUUUAUGUUUUUAUUUCUAUUUCCAUUAAUUUAAUAAUAUUCAGCUGGUAUUAUUAGUGCAUGUUUCGGUCUUAGAGCUGUCAUUUUUUCUGGUCUUCGGUCUUAACGCAACAAACGUUCGUAAAUGAUCUGAAAAGGUCGGUAAUCUUAGUUAUAAAGCUAAUACAUUUUGAGUGAUAUAAGGAUUUUCCUUUCUACCACUAUGCCCAUACCAACAAGACGUUUGAAACUUUUUGAAUCCAAAUUAUAUUACAAGAUGUAAUCUACAGAUUACUAUCAAAAGUCUGAUAACACUUGAUAGUUUUGUCACUACCAUAAUUUGUCGAGACAGGUUUAUUUAACAAGCCCAGUUUUUGUAAAGUAAUGGUAAUUACUUUUGCACUGCAUGGUAAUAAUAAUUGGUGUCUCGUUAAAAAUCUGAAAACUUCCCACUUCUUACACCCAGCCACAGGUUUGUCGGGGUAGAUGACAAAUCAACAGCGCAUUCACACCAAAUGACUUUAACAAUGAGCUCGUUAUUUUAGGAUGUUUGGUAACAAAGCAUUCAAUUACGAGCAAUUAAGAAAGAUAUUUCAAAUUUUAGACAUGUAAAGUAUUGCAUAUGUAAUGAGUAAGAAAUUUAUGAGUGAGAAGAUUGGAGGAGCAGAAGGUACAAAACUAGACGAUGAAUAUGUUGAAAUUGAAAAAAAAGUUGAUACAAUUUCUAAAUUAUUCGAAGAUGUCAUAGCACAAACACAUGAAUAUUUACAACCAAAUCCAGCUUAUCGUGCUAAAUUAAUGACAAUGAAUACAUUGAAUAAAUUACAAGGGAAAUCAAAAUGUACAGCUUAUCCUCAACCUGAAAAUCAAUUAGGUGAAUGUAUGAUAAAAUAUGGUCGCGAUUUAGGUCCUGAUUCAUAUUAUGGUCAAUGUCUUGUAGAAGCUGGUGAAACAUUUAAAUGCUUAGCAAAUAUUAAAUACACUAUGGAAGAACAUGUGAAAGAGAAUUUUCUAGAUCCUCUACAUAGUGUACAAACACAUGAAUUAAAAGAGAUCAAUUAUCAUCGUAAGAAACUCGAAGGACGAAGAUUAGAUUUUGAUUGUAAGAAACGAAAGCAGGAUCGAAGUGCAAACAAUUCAAGAUUGCCUGAAGAUGAACUCAAAGUUGCUGAAGAGAAAUUUCAAGAAUCAAAAGCAUUAGCCGAACAAGCAAUGAUUAAUUUUUUGAAUAGUGAAACUGAUCAAGUGCAAUCGUUAUUAGAAUUUACAACAUCACAAGCUGAUUAUCAUCGUCAAGCUGCAGAGAUUAUGGAACAAUUGAGGAAAUUUUUAAUUGACAAAAAAGAAGAAUCAAUGUCAAAACCACGUAAAUUAUAUGAAAUAAAACGUGUAAAUGAUACAUUAAAUCAUGAUAUAUCAGGGAGUAGAAGUCCAUUAAAUAGUACUUUAAAUACCCCAACUAAAAAUGGUCCAAGUUCUCAUACAACAAAAAAUGCACCUAUUUUAGGACCAUCUUGUAAAGCAUUAUUUGAUUUUGAAGCAGAAAAUGAUUCAGAAUUAUCAUUCUCUGAAGGUGAUAUCAUUAGUUUAAUAUUACGAGUUGAUGAGAAUUGGUUUGAAGGUGAAUUAAAUGGUCGUAAAGGUUAUUUCCCAGUUAAUUAUGUUGAAGUUAUUAAUCCAUUAUCAUCAUAGAAAUCAAUUGUUCUUCUUCUUGUUGUUUUCGUUGUAUGUGUGUGUGUUUAUGUCUUAUAAGCAACAUGUCAAUUUAUCAUGACAAUUAAAGAUAACCUAUAUUUCCUCAUAUUAACCAACUUGUACACAUAUUAUAUAACACUGAUAAUAUGAACAUCAAGAGUACAAACACACACACGCACAAAGAUAUCUAUCAUUAUUCGACCAACUAUACUUAUUUCUCAUAUUAUAUAAUAUAUACAUAGAUCCAAAGCAUUCUUCAACUACGCUAGUGAAGUUAGCAACUAUGAGACAAACACCAUCAUCAUCAAUACCAUACAUUAUUGUUUAUAAAUUUUCAAUUUGUUUUUCUUAUUUAACUCUGCAAUAAAAGCCGGUAAACUAUCGUUUAUUAUUAUUAUUGCUUUGUUCUUCUAUCCACUUUACUUUCAUACAUUACCAUUUAAAACUGUGAGAAUUGUGUAUUCAAUGAAAAGGAUAUUACUACUAUCAUUAUUAUUAUUAUCAGUAGUAGUAGUAGUAGUAGUAUUGUCAAUAUUAACCUUUAUAUGUCUCUUUAUUGAAUAGAUAAACAAACUAAUACAUUCUAUCCUUUAUAUAAAUGAUAUUAGCAUAAUUCAUUCUUGGCAACUUAAUUUAUAUAUAAUAUCUAAUUAAGAUUAAUCUUUCCUCUUUUACUAUCUAAUGUAUGUUAUUUUCAAAAAGAUUAUUUAAGAGAAAUUAUGAUCCUAUAAAGAUCAUGAUUAAGGGAAAAUAAAACAACCCCCCCCCUUCAGUUGACAUGAUCCACAUUUACAUAUAUAUUUGUUUAUUUUGAUAAUAUCUAUGUUUGUGUGUGUCUGUCUGUGUAUGAAUAUUAUUCUUUUUCUCGUAUCAUUCCAUUUGGUUCUUUUUUCAUUCCCCCCCCCUCUCUCUCUAUCGGGUCUUCUUCUUUUAUUGUUCCGAUUAAUUUUGAUUCAAUGACCAAUGUAAUAAAAUGAUAUCCUUGUUAAUUUCUCAAUAAUCAAUUCAUUUGCCUAAUUUUACUCCUGUUAGUAACAAUAAUAAUAAUAAUGAUAAUAACCGUCAAGUAUAAUCAUGUAUGACAGAUAUGGAUUUCCAGUUAAUUGUUUAUUUAAAACAAUGAUUUAACUAUUAUUAUCAUUAUUGUUAUUUAUUAAAAUUAUUUCAAAUUCCAUAGUUUGUUUGUUUUUUAAAUUUUUUUUUUUGAAUGUUAUAAAGUAACCAGGGAAUGUUAUCAGGACUCAUUGGCCGAGUGGAUAACGUGAUGGCGUUUGAAGCGAAAGGCACUGGGUUCGAGUCCCAGAGUGAACAUCAACUCUGAGAUGUGGCAGGUACAUCCAACUGACAAGUCCCAAAUAGGAUGAAACGCGAGUCAAACUGGAUUCCACUGCUAGCCACUAUCUAUCUUUGCUUACCAUGCUUGUGAAUUAAGACUAUAUCAAGGCAAUACGCACAGUAUGCACAUAUGCCAAUUAAAGAUUGACCAGUUACAGACCUAACACAUCGAUGCGAUGAUUCAAACAAUACUAAAUGAAUUUAAUGUUAUGAUUUAUUUAUUUAUACUCAUGAAUAUUGGUACAAGGAGGAACCAGAUAUAUAUGUGCCGCACAAAUCUUAUUUGAUUUGUGUGUGGGCUUGGAUACUAUCCAGGUGCCUAGACCGAAGCAGGUGGUUUUCAUAGGGGGCCACACCUCGAGCCUUUGACCUAAAGAUCUGAU